AUGGGCAGGGUUAAAACGGCAGGUCUAAAACCGUUUAAAUGUGAGAAGUGCGGUCCUUCGUUUGACUUUGAUGGCACACCCGAGAAUGAGGUUGAUAUUCCAAGGAAGGAUAACUCGACAUUCUACAUCUUGACGGCUCUUCCAGGCAAGGGCCAAGGACUCAUCGUAGUACAAGAUAUCCCAAAAGGCACGCGGAUUAUCUCUGAAAAGCCACUGGCUUUCCUUUCACUCUAUAACGUUGCGCCAAGUGGUUCUUACCCGUUGAGUGGUAACGUUAAGACUAACGCCCUUCCAUUAGGAACCACUGCGUUAGAAGGUGGACUGUUUCUUGUGGCAUCAAGGAUUAAUGACGCAUGUGUCUCAAGUUGUCAACACACAUGGAAUAACAACACUGGAACAUUCGAAAAUCGGCGUCGUCACCUCAAGAAAUCAUUCCCUUUCGAUUAUACUUGCAAGCUUUGCAGUUUGCUAGAAGCUGCACGACCAGUUAUUGACAAUCGCCAAAGCGAGAUCACGCGACUCGAUGAGCUCCUCGGCGAUGGAUCUCGUCUCCUUUCCAAUCCAGCCAAAUGCCUUGAGGAUGUCCACACCCUGCUAAAACUACUGGAGGCCGAAAAUAUCACCGACGCGCGAGUACCUAGGGCGUACUACGACGCGCUCCAAAUCGCCAUCGCAUUGUGUUGUGAGGGGGAUAAUAGCCCGCUGACCAUCCGUAUGAAAUCUCUAGUCGCAAGGCCGGCAGAGCAUCGUUUGUUUGGGACGUCGAGUAGAUGGAGACUGUUUGAAAAGAUGAUUCCAAAGAGGUUGGAAGGCGAGGAGUUUGAGGCUUGGCUUUGGAGACGAAAUAGAUAG